GAGCCGUCCUCUCACGCCGCUCCGCGACGCACUGACAUCACUUCUCCGUCGUGAAUUCAGCAGAUUUAAGUUGUUAAAAACUUUCAAGACCCCCCCCCCGGUCGCACCCCCCCCCCCCCAAUUCGUCUCUAAAAGCGAGCUCAACCGCUGGACCUGUCAAUCAUGAGGAGCAGGAGCAACUCCGGCGUCAAACUGGACAACUACGCCCGGAUGGUGCACCAAACUAUCCUGAGGCACCAGGACCCGGUCACGGGUCUCCUGCCGGGCAGCGCGGAUCAGCCGCACUCGUGGGUCCGGGACAACGUGUACUGCGUCCUGUCGGUGUGGGCGCUGAGCCUGGCCUACAGGAAGAACGCCGACCGGGACGAGGACAAGGCCAAGGCCUACGAGCUGGAGCAGAGUGUGGUGAAGCUGAUGAGAGGCAUCUUCCAGGGCAUAAUGAGACAGCUGGAUAAAGUGGAGAAGUUCAAAUACAGCAGGAGCACCUCGGACUCGCUGCACGCCAAGUACAACACGGGGACCUGCGCUCCGGUCGUCGGGGACGACGAGUGGGGUCACCUGCAGGUCGACGCCACCUCGCUCUUCCUCCUCUUCCUCGCCCAGAUGACCGCAGCCGGUCUUCAUAUCGUCUACACACAGGAUGAAGUGGACGUCGUUCAGAACCUGAUGUUCUACAUUGAGGCGGCUUACAAAGUGGCCGAUUAUGGGAUGUGGGAGAGAGGAGACAAAACCAACCAGGGCAUCACCGAGAUCAACGCCAGCUCCAUAGGCAUGGCAAAGGCGGCUCUGGAGGCUCUGGACGACCUCAACCUGUUCGGAGCCAACGGGGGACCCGGCUCCGUGGUGCACGCCCUGGCUGACGACAUACAGCACUGCCAGUCCAUCCUGACCUCCAUGCUCCCCAAAGCCUCCAUGUCCAAAGAGGUGGACGCCGGGGUGCUCGCCAUCAUCUCGUACCCGGCCUUCGCCGUCGAUGACAUCAGCAUCGUCAACGUCACCAAGGAGGAGAUCAUCUCCAAGCUGCAGGGUCGAUACGGCUGCUGCAGGUUCCUCAGAGACGGACACAAGACGCCCAAAGAGGACCCGAGCCGCCUGUACUACGAGUCGGCCGAGCUCAAGCUGUUCGAGAACAUCGAGUGCGAGUGGCCUCUGUUCUGGACCUACCUCAUCCUGGACGGCAUCUUCAUCAACAGCCCCGAGCAGGUGCAGGAGUACCAGGAGGCUCUGGAGGGCAUCCUGAUCAAGCAGAAGGACGGCGUGCGGCUGCUGCCGGAGCUCUACAGCGUCCCCCCCGACAAGGUGGAGGAGGAGUACAGGAACCCCCACUCGGUGGAGAGGGUCCCGCUGGGCAAGUGUCCUCUGAAAUGGGGACAGUCCCUGUACAUCCUGGGGAACCUGCUGACCGAGGGGUUUCUGGCCCCCGGAGAGAUCGACCCCCUCAACCGACGCUUCUCCACCAUCCCGAAGCCCGACGUGGUGGUGCAGGUGUCCAUCCUGGCGGAGACCGAGGAGAUCAAAGAGCUGCUGCUGAAGGACGGCGUCGCCGUGGAGACCGUCGCCGACAUCCACCCCAUCCACGUGCAGCCCUCCCGGGUCCUCAGCCACAUCUACGCCAGACUGGGUCGUAACCCGAGGCUCGGCCUGACGGGGCGGCCCUACCGGAGGAUCGGCGUGCUCGGGACCUCCAAGUUCUACACCAUCCGGAACACCAUCUUCUCCUUCACCCCUCAGCUGAUCGACCACCAGCAGUUCUACCUGGCGCUGGACAACAAGAUGAUCGUGGAGAUGCUGAGGACGGAGAUCGCCUACCUGGCCUCCAGGUGGAGGAUGACGGGGCGCCCCACCGUCACCUUCCCCAUUUCACAGACGAUGCUGACUGAAGACCGCUCCAGUCUGGACCCGGCGGUGCUGGCGACUCUGCGGAAGCUGCAGGACGGAUAUUACGGGGGAGCAAGGAUCCAGACAGGGAAGCUCUCCGAGUUCUUGACCACUUCCUGCUUCGCUAACCUGAGCUUCCUGGACAGUAAAGGCUCCGGCAGCACGAGCCGCCACGACAAGGAUGACGACGAUGACGAUGAUGACGAGGGGGGGGGCGGAUACGUGCAUGAGUUACGCAAUGACGACGAGGCUGACGACCUCGCCCAGUACCUGGACCACCUGUUGGCCCACGCCACCCCCAAGAAGCCCAAGCAGCAGGGGGGCGGGGGGGGGAGGUUCAAGGCGGUGGCCACCAAGACCAGGGACAUGGUGUCUCUGAUGCACAAGGCCCAGGAGCUCGACGUGCACAGCGCCAACAUGUACCUCCCCAGCAAGCUGUUCCGCUCCCCCCAGCCGUCCCUCAACCUCAACCUGCUGGACUCCUCGGGGCCGCAGGAGACUCAGACUCAGCCGGCGGCGGCGCCUCCGCAGAGCGGCGUGCCCAGAGGGCCCGGCGGCGGCAUCGACUACGAGGCGCUGGUCCGUCUGCUGAAGGACACGCAGAGCCUCCAGGACCAGGCGGACAUCCUCUACAUCCUCUUCAAGGACAAGGGCAUGGACUGGGACACCCAGCUGCGCGGCCAGGGCUGCACGGUGAGAUGUCUGCUGUCCGACCUCUACAAGAAGGCCGGGGGGCUCAAGCACUGGAGCCUCAUCCGCAUGAUCUCCGGGAUGCUGAGGAAGAAGGUGGAGGAGCUCGACUCGGCCUGCUCUGAUUUGCUGGCCCAUCAGAAGCACCUGACGGUGGGCCUGCCCCCCGAGCCCAGGGAGAAGACCAUCACGGCCCCCAUCCCUCCGGACCGGCUGGCCGCCCUCAUCGACGAGGCCAGCGACAGCAACAUCAGCGUGGCCGUCCUCACCAAGGAGAUCAUGGUGUACCUGGCCAUGAGCAUCAGGACUCAGCCCAGCCUGUUCAGCGAGAUGUUCCGCCUCCGGAUCGGUCUCAUCAUCCAGGUGAUGGCCACCGAGCUGGCUCAGUCGCUCAGCUGCUCAGGGGAGGAGGCCACUGAGAGCCUGAUGAGCCUCAGUCCCUCCGAGCUGAAGAACCUCCUCCAUCACAUCCUCAGCGGGAAAGAGUUCGGGGUGGAGCGCAGCGUCAGGGAGCUGGAUGCCGGCGUCAGUCCCGCCAUCUCCAUCCAUCACCUUGGCAACGUGGGCGCCACCAAGAGCGAGAGAGCCGGCAUCAGCAAGCUGAAGAUGGACAUGAAGAUGCUGGAGCACAGGUUGUCUAUGACGGAGGCCAGUCAGGUGGAGCGCAAGGUGUCUUUGACCGACUCAGUUAAGGGCGUCCGGUCGCAGUCGAUGGACGUGGAGGCCUUUGAGUCUGGGAGGUACCGGCUGCCCUCCAUAGACGGCCUGGACAUCCCCGAGUGCUCGUCGGUCGCCAAGGAUACCAGACACGGCCAAUGGCUGCGCAGGAGGCGGCUGGACGGGGCCCUGAACCGGGUCCCCGUCGGCUUCUACCAGAAGGUCUGGAGGAUCCUGCAGAAGUGCCACGGCCUGUCCAUCGAAGGCUUCGUCCUUCCGUCCUCAACCACCAGAGAGAUGACCCCCAGGGAGAUCAAGUUCUCGGUCCACGUGGAGACGGUGCUGAACCGCGUCCCUCAGCCCGAGUACCGGCAGCUGCUGGUGGAGGCCAUCCUGGUCCUCACCAUGCUGGCCGACGUGGACAUCCCCAGCAUCGGCUCCAUCAUCCACGUGGAGAAGAUCGUCCAGCUGGCCAACGACAUGUUCUACAAGGACCAGAGGGACCUGGGAGCCGAGGAGCACGUCCUGGAGCGGGACCCGUCCACGGGGGUGUGCCGGCUGCUGUACGACAGCGCCCCCAGUGGCCGCUUCGGCAGCAUGACGUACCUCACCAAGGCCGUGGCGGCGUACGUGCAGGACUUCCUGCCCGGCGGGGCGUGCGCGGUGCAGUGAGGCGACGCCGGCCGAAGGCACGAUGGCGGCGGAAGAAGCACAGCAGGUUUUUACUUUACUAACACACUGAACUGUGAGGAUGUGUAUUCAUAUAUAUAUAGAUAUAGAUAUUAAUAUAUUAAUUCAUAUAUAUAUAUAUAUAUAUAUUAAUACACACGUGUCCUCUAGCUGUGGAUCAUCACACAGACCAUUAUGUUGUGUCUUUGUGUCCGUUUGGUCAUUUCUGUUGGAGUUGUGUCUCUUAUUUUAGUGCCUUUCUGAUCAUUUCAAGUUUCUUUUAGGCUGUGUUUUUUUUUCUAAAUAUUUUCAGAUGUCACUUUCCGUCCAACAUGCUGUACGAUGUAUAAAAUAAUGACAAAUAUGACCUAAUCUUUGGAUUGUUUAUUUAACAGUUCUAAGAUCAUAAUUAAACAAAGCGUAAUAAUAUGGUUCUUAAUGGGUCUAUUUGAGAGACUUGUUUUGUGUGUGUGUGAGAUUUUUUGAAUGCAGUGAUUAAAUAAGAGAAAUAGCUGAAUUUAUCUGCUGAACUGUAACUUUUAUUGAGUGUUUUUUCUUUGUUUAACGGCAGUAAAACUUAAAGCGAUUGACUUAUUUCACAUUUUAUUGACCCAUUUAAGCUUUAACUGAUUCAGUGUCUCUUUGGCUGAUUCCCAUGAUGCAUUGUUCCUCUGUUGUCCAAACACCAGACUGAUGUGGUCCUUAUGACGAGUGAGUCACGGCUCCCCACAGAUUCAUUCUUCAUGGAAUAAAGCUGAGAACCAACCA